AUGAGUUCUCAACAGCAGAAGCAGCCUUGCACCCUGCCCCCUCCGCUUCAGCAGCAGCAGGUGAAGCAGCCUUGCCAGCCUCCACCCCAAGAACCCUGUGUGCCCCAAACCAAGGAGCCAUGCCACACCAAGGUGCCAGAGCCAUGCGAUCCUAAAGUGCUUGAACCCUGCCAGCCCAAGGUGCCCGAGCCCUGUGAUACCAAAGUGCCCGAGCCUUGCCACCCUAAGGUUCCAGAGCCAUGCCCUUCCACAGUCACUCCAGCACCAGCCCAGCAGAAGACCAAGCAGAAGUAA